AUGACAAACGAAUUGCCGAUUGGCGAGUCCAAAACCACAGAUGAAACCAUGGGAAAUUCUUCCGAGAAAAAAACGGCAGUUAGCUUUUCCAACAUUCAAAUUCGAGAAUACCCGAUAAUAGUGGGUGACAACCCAGCCAUCAUGACAGGUACCCCAAUUACGAUUGAUUGGGAGCAUGUUGAGGAGUUUGAUUGCUCUAUUGAUGAUUAUGAGCAGGCAAAGCCAAAACCUAGAAAUAUGUUGGAGUUACGGCUGCCCGCCAGAAAUCGAGACGAAAUAUUAAAAUCACAAGGCUUUUCACUAAAGGACAGACAGGUGGGAAAGAAGGCAGCCAACACGACGAGGAGGCAACGGCGCCGAACGUCGGAAACAAUGAACCUUUCAAUUGUGCAAGAGAGCAUCGAAAAAGCAAAACGUGCAGCUCUGAAUGCUACGAUAUAUCGAAGUCGCAAGCAAAAAGAGCGCGAGUUCUUGAAGGAAUUCAUUAGCAAAAGUCCUUCUGUGAAACCGAAAACAAUUGCAAGUACGGAUUUUACUAACGAUACGGUAGACUUUACUACCGAAACGGUACCGGAAGGCUCAUGA